GACCGAGCACAGAUACAAUUGCCGCGUUCUCUCACACUCACGUCAACCUGCAAUAAAGUAUCUCAGCUUGCUUCCUCUCUAUCCAUAACAUCCACCCCCUCCCCCUUCACAUCAAUGUCCUCCAUGCAUCGCUCGACGUCGGGCACCAUCCCCUCAAUGGAGACGAGCCACGAUGAGCUCAAGGAUAACACCGUUAUCGUUGUCUUUGGCGCUUCUGGCGAUCUCGCAAAGAAGAAGACUUAUCCUGCACUGUUCGGUUUAUAUCGUAAUGGUUAUCUACCAAAAGAUGUCCAUAUCGUCGGUUACGCUCGCACAAAGAUGGACGAGGCAGAGUAUCACAAACGUGCAACUUCAUACAUCAAGAAUCCCGAUAACGACCCAGAGGUGUCUGCUAAAGUAGAGGAGUUCAAGAAACUCUCAACGUACAUCUCGGGUGGCUAUGAAGAUAGCCCUUCCUUCCAGAACCUAACAAAGCAUCUCGAGUCCAUUGAGUCAAAAUACCCAUCAAAGGAGGCUAAUCGGCUCUUUUAUCUUGCCCUACCACCCAGUGUAUUCGUCCCUGUGGCAAAACACGUCAAAGAGAGCUGUUAUUCGGCCAACGGAAUCAAUCGUAUCAUCGUCGAGAAACCAUUUGGGAAAGAUCUUCAAUCUUGCAGAGACUUGCUAGGUUCCUUGAAACAAUCGUGGACUGAGGAUGAGACGUUCCGGAUUGAUCAUUACCUCGGGAAGGAGAUGGUCAAAAAUCUGCUUGUCCUUCGCUUCGCUAACAUUGCUAUGGGUGCUGCAUGGGAUAAAAAUUCUAUCAGCAACGUUCAAAUCACCUUCAAGGAACCGUUUGGUACAGAGGGGCGUGGUGGAUAUUUUGACGAAUUUGGGAUUAUUCGAGACGUUCUGCAAAACCAUUUACUGCAGGUCCUGAGUAUUCUCACCAUGGAACGACCAGUAUCAUUCGCAGCUGAAGAUAUCCGUGAUGAAAAAGUCAAAGUCCUGCGUGCUAUCCCACCCAUCGAGCGUAAAGACACACUUUUGGGCCAGUAUGUAUCUGCGAACGGAAAGCCAGGUUACCUGGACGACGAUACAGUUCCAAAAGGCUCAGUUUGCCCUACUUUCGCUGCCACUGUCCUCUGGAUUAACAACGAGCGGUGGGAAGGCGUGCCUUUCGUUCUCAAGGCUGGCAAAGCUCUUAACGAAGCCAAGGUGGAGAUCCGGGUUCAAUUUAAAGAUGUCACGCAAGGGAUCUUCAAAGACAUCUCACGCAACGAGCUUGUCAUGCGUAUUCAGCCCUCUGAAGCCGUUUACUUGAAAUUAAACACCAAGACACCUGGCCUGUACACACGUGCGCUCCCAACAGAGAUGGACCUCACAUAUAAGAGGCGGUUUUCAGAUGCAAAGAUACCGGAGGCCUAUGAGGCACUAAUUCUCGAUGCGCUCAAAGGUGACCACUCCAACUUUGUGCGUGAUGAUGAAUUAGAUGUUGCAUGGAAGAUCUUUACUCCUAUCUUGCACUGGAUAGAUGGCGUAGAGGGGCCUCGGCCUCGGCCUUCCCCUUACCCAUACGGUUCUCGGGGACCGAAAGAGCUUGAUGACUUCAUUGGUAAACUAGGGUACAAGCGAUCAACUGACGGAUACAAUUGGCCCGUGACUAGCAUUUCAAACCUGUAACUUUUUAUAUAUGCAGCAAUCCGAUGAAAAAGUAAUUUCGCAACUCUCUUUGUACGGUACCUUACGACGUGCGUUCUAUGUGGCAUAGGGAUGUAAAGCCUUGAAGUUUGAAAUUUUGAACGUUGGUUCUCUGUGAUUCAAUGACAAUCCUUGUAAAGUACAUAUUUGCAAACAUUUGAAGAGAAGGACUUCGAACCUG